AUGGCGGACCACCACCAGCUGCUCCCGACGUUGACGUGCAGGUGCAGCAACUGCGUCACCGAGCGCGCCGUCAUCUUCUGCAUCGCCGACGGCGCCAGGCUCUGCCUCGAGUGCGACGGCGCCGUGCACGGCGCCAGCGAGCUCGCGGGCCUCCACUCGCGCGCCCCGCUCUGCGACGGCUGCUGCGCCGCGCCCGCCGCGCUCCGCUACCAAUUCGGCGCCCACCGGGCCACGCUCUGCACCGGCUGCGCCGACGGCCGCGGCGGCGCCUCCCUCGUGGAGGUUUACACCGGCUGCCCCGCGCCCGCCGAGGUCCUCCGCACCCUCUCCGUCGACGCGCCGUCGUCGUCGUCGCAGGAGGACUUCGACGCCUGGCUCGCCGACAACCUCCCCCAAAUCCUACAGGAUGUUCAGGUACACAUCUACUGGCAACAGCAGCAGCUGCCACCGUCAAUCUGCCACAUCUCAUCAUCAUACUCAUCUUAUAACCCAUCGACAUUGUCGUGCCAGCCGGCCAUGGUUCUGCAAUCCAUGAGCAACGAUCAUCAUCCAUCGCUGCUCCUUGAUGGCUUCCCUACUUUCUGCCCUGCCUUGCCCCUAAUAUCGCCGCCACCACCACCGGAGAAUGGCACUGACUGUCAUGAUGCCAUCCAGCUAUCACAGAUGCUGGUCGCGGAUGAGCAAGGAGCGGUGGCUCAUCAUCAGCAAGAUCCGAGCACCGUUAGUAAGAAGAGAGAGGAACGGGACAGGGCCAAGCAAAGGUACAACGAGAAGAAGAAGAACAGGAAGUAA